GCGUCUGGCGCCCAGGCCUACUUCCGGUAGGGUCGGGGUACUAGGCGGCUGAGGCGGUGCGGGGCUGGCGUUGUCUCCUGAGCUUUUCCAGGCGUGAGUAGCGAUGGCAGCGGCUUUUCGGAAGGCGGCUAAGUCCCGGCAGCGAGAACACCGAGAGCGAAGCCAGCCUGGCUUUCGAAAACAUCUGGGCCUGCUGGAAAAAAAGAAAGAUUACAAACUUCGCGCAGAUGACUACCGGAAAAAGCAAGAGUACCUCAGAGCUCUCCGGAAGAAGGCUCUUGAAAAAAAUCCAGAUGAAUUCUACUAUAAAAUGACUCGGGUUAAACUCCAGGAUGGAGUUCACGUUAUUAAGGAGACUAAGGAAGAAGUAACUCCAGAACAGCUGAAACUGAUGAAAACCCAGGAUGUCAAAUACAUAGAAAUGAAAAGGGUUGCAGAAGCUAAGAAAAUUGAAAGACUGAAAUCAGAGCUCCAUCUGCUGGAUUUCCAGGGGAAGCAACAGAAUAAGCAUGUGUUUUUUUUUGACACCAAAAAGGAAGUUGAACAGUUUGAUAUUGCCACUCACCUGCGAACAGCCCCGGAACUUGUUGACAGAGUCUUUAAUAGACCCACAAUAGAGACCUUGCAGAAGGAGAAAGUGAAGGGGGUUACCCAGCAGACUCGACUUAAGCGGAUAGCUAAAGAAAGGCAAAAGCAGUAUAACUGCCUGACGCAGCGGAUUGAACGCGAGAAGAAAUUGUUUGUUAUUGCACAGAAAAUUCAAACACGCAAAGAUCUUCUGGACAAAACUCAGAAGGUGAAGGUGAAGAAAGAAACAGUGAACUCCCCAGCUAUUUACAAAUUUCAGAGUCGUCGAAAACGUUGAAGUGGUACAGAUGAGCUUUGUCAUUCCAUGCAGAAGAGAAUUCCUUUUUUUUCCCUGAGUAACUUCACAUUCCAUUAGCCUGAAUGACAUGAUUUUUCCUGUUUGUAAUUUUAUUACAGAUCUGACAUGUGGUAUUUUUCUGUGGACACCAUUAAAGCCCCUUCCCAUGUCUUAUUGUUUUGAGGGUUGUGAAAUCAGCCUUAGUUUUAUAUUCCUGUAUAUUUUUUUCAUUAUGAAAGUUAUAUAAUCUCAUUACCGCAAAUUUGGAAAAUAAAUGAAUUCUUCCCUAAUCCCAGUACUAAUUGAGGAACAAUAAAUAGUUAUUAGUGCUAGCAGCUAGGGCAAUGAAAGUGAACAAAACUGUGAGCAUUCUGGUUUAUUUCCUCCAUUCUUUUUUUUUUUAAGUUUACUUAUUUAUUUUGAGA